AUGUCUGAUUGGGAAACUGUAACUAUUUUACGAAAAAAACCACCGAAAGCUUCUGCAAUGAGAACCGAACAGGCCAUUAAUGCAGCUAGACGUCAAGGGGCUGUUAUUGAAACACAACAAAAAUAUGGUGGAGGACAAAACAAACAACAUGUUGUGACAAAAAAUAUUGCUAAAUUAGAUAGAGAAACAGAAGAACUGAAACAUGAAAAAAUAACAUUGGACACUGGAAAAUUAAUUCAACAAGGUCGACAAGGCAAAGGAUGGUCUCAAAAGGAAUUGGCAACUAAAAUAAAUGAAAAACCACAAGUUAUAAACGAUUAUGAAGCAGGUAGAGCCAUACCUAAUCAAGCUGUACUGGGAAAAAUGGAGAAAGCUCUCGGGAUUAAAUUACGUGGGAAGGACCGUGGCAAGGCAAUAGUGCCCCCUGGGACUGGUCGUUAG